GAGACCUGUGCAACUGCAGCGCCGUGGGCAGCGCCAGCGCGGCCGAAUGCAACAGCACGACGGGGCAGUGCCCCUGCCUCGAAGGCUACGCGGGGCUGCGGUGCGAGAGCUGUGCCGAGGGCUUCUACCCCGAGCGGAGGAGCCAGCGCUCUGGGAAAUGCCAGUGUAAAGUUGGUGUCACGGACCUGAAGUGUGACUGGUGCAGUGAUGGAUACUACAGGUUUAAUGAAACCACCUGUGAGCCAUGCCAGUGCAACAACCACUCCAAAACCUGCGACAGCUUGACAGGCAUCUGCCUGCAUUGCCAGGAAAACACCGAGGGAAACCACUGCGAGCGCUGCAAGGAGGGCUUCUACAGAAGCACCCAUCCUGCCCACGCCUGCCAUCACUGCCCGUGCUCCACCGUGGCAUCGACCGGCACCUGCCAAAUACAUCCUGGUGAAACUGCCCCAAGGUGUGACAAAUGCAAAACUGGGUACACUGGCCCAAACUGCAACCAGUGCGACAAUGGCUACUACAACUCUGACAGCAUCUGCGUAAGAUGUAAAUGCAACGGGAACGUGGACCCAGCACGGUCACGCAGUGUGUGCAAGCCGGAUAGCGGGGAGUGCAUCGGCUGCCUGUACCACACUGCUGGGUUUCAUUGUGAGGAGUGUGAGGACGGCUACGUUCGAGACCCUGAGGGGACCAACUGCACCAAGAAAGAAGCCACUCUUGGCCCAGAAACAAGGGAGUUUACAACUUCUGCUCCAAAUGCCAGCAAGGCAACAUCAUUUUCAACGGCAGUGAUAAACAGUACGUUGUCACCAACAACUAUACAGACUAUAUUUCCUAUAAGUUCCUCUGACAAUAGUACCUCUGCUUUUGCAGAUGUCUCAUGGACUCAGUUUAACAUAAUUAUUUUGACAGUUAUCAUCAUUGUUGUGGUCCUACUAAUGGGCUUUGUGGGUGCUGUCUACAUGUACCGUGAGUAUCAAACCAGAAAACUUAACGCUCCUUUUUGGACCAUUGAACUCAAAGAGGACAACAUCAGUUUUAGCAGCUACCAUGACAGCAUACCCAACGCUGAUGUUUCGGGGCUGUUGGAAGACGAUGGGAAUGAAGUUGCACCGAAUGGACAGCUAACGCUGACAACUCCCAUGCAUAAUUAUAAAGCUUAGAAGUGAUCCAGCUAUUCCAAAGUUGGCUUAAAAAAGUUACAGGGCUUGUUGAAGGGGUAUCAAGAUCUGUGCCAAGGCUCCACGCAGAGGAAUUUGCUCUUCAGAUACUCUUGUGUUGGGCAUGCUGUAGCUUGCAGGUGAACAGAAAAAAGUGUAGUACAUCUGAAUUUCAGGUAAUAUGGUGAAAUGCAUUCAGUGUCCUGUUCUCCAUAAAGAUCCAUAGAAUUCACUGUUGUUAAAACUUGAUUAUGCUGAUCUGAAAAUAUUUUUUUUGAUGAAGAGGUGGUGGGGUGGAGAAAGCAGUACCCCACGAUUAAUCAGAAGCUACUUGAUUUCCAGCCAACCUAACGCUUAUGUCUGCAUCCUUUAGUUUGAAACGUAGCUCAUGAAUUAACAGUGGAUUUGCAGGAUAUAGACCUUUGUAAAGGCUUCAUAUUAGUUCCUGAUGUAAAUCUGUUUGAAAAGGAGGACAAAA